CUGGAGAGGGAGGAGGGAGGCGGGAGCCACCCAAGGUGCAGUGUGAGAAGGAGAGAGCACGACCACCCUGUCGGCCGGUCUGUCUGUCCUUGGUGGUGCUAAGAAACUAGAAUGAACCGAAGCAUUCCUGUGGAGGUUGAUGAAUCAGAACCAUACCCAAGUCAGUUACUGAAACCAAGCCCAGACUAUUCCCUGGAAGAGGGAUCAGAACCACCUGCUCCAAAUCUAGGGAACAUGGCUCCCAACAGCUUGUCUGUGCCCAGAACCCCUCACUGUUCCUCAGGAGAAUUUUCUCAGGCUCAGCCACCCCUGAAACUUUCAAAUCACCUACGGCCUGUGUCCCAGCAGGUCACCUGCCUGCGCACUAAAAUCCUGGAGGAGAGCGAAGACAGCUUCUGGAGGAGACACCCAGACCCGGGCAAAGAUUUUCCCUUGGGAUCCUCCGCAGCCAGCGAGCAUGAGCCUGAGUCUGUGGUUGGAGGCCUCCCUCCGGAGCAUCAGUUUUCAUUUAUGGAAAAACGGAAUCAAUGGCUAGGAUCUCAGCUUUCAGCAACUUCUCCUGACACUGGCCAUGACUCAAACAAAUCAGACCAAAGUUUACCUAAUGCCUCAGCAGACUCCUCGGGCAGUAGCCAAGAGACGGUGCAACAGCCCUGGCCCCACAGGAACCGAGCAGCUCCAGAUCUGCCUACCGUAGACACGGGGUAUGAUUCCCAGCCCCAGGAUGUCCUGGGCAUCAGGCAACUGGAAAGGCCCCUGCCCCUCACCUCCGUGUGUUACCCCCAGGACCUCCCCAGACCACUCAGGUCCAGGGAGUUCCCUCAGUUUGAACCUCAGAGGUACCCAGCGUGUGCACAGAUGCUGCCUCCCAACCCUCCCCCACAUGCUCAGUGGAACUGUCAUUACCAUUGUGCUGGAGGCCCCUAUCACCAGGUGCCAUGUGGCCACGACCACCCUCGAGCAGCCUACCAGCAAGUGGUCCAGCCAGCUGUGUGCGGGCAGCCCGUCCCUGGAGCCAGCGUGAGGGGCCCGCACCCUGUGCAAAAGGUCGUCCUGAACUACCCCAGCCCCUGGAACCAAGACCAGAGGCCCGCACAAAGAGACUACUCCUCCCCAGGGCUCCCGAGGGACCAACAGUAUAACCAGCCACCUCAUCGAGCUGGAGUUCCUGAGGAGUCCUUGGAGUGUCCUGCAGAGUUGAGAGCCCUAGGUCCCCAGGCUCCAUCCCCAGCUCCUGUCCCUAGACCCCUUAGUAACCUUCCAGCCAGAGGGACUCUGAAAACAAGCAAUUUGCCGGAAGAGUUACGGAAAGUCUUUAUCACCUAUUCUAUGGACACAGCCAUGGAGGUGGUGAAAUUCGUGAACUUCUUGUUGGUAAAUGGCUUCCAAACUGCAAUUGACAUAUUUGAGGAUAGAAUCCGAGGCAUUGAUAUCAUUAAGUGGAUGGAACGCUACCUUAGAGAUAAGACAGUGAUGAUAAUUGUAGCAAUCAGCCCCAAAUACAAACAGGACGUGGAAGGUGCUGAGUCGCAUCUGGACGAGGAUGAGCAUGGCUUACAUACUAAGUACAUUCAUCGAAUGAUGCAGAUUGAGUUCAUAAAACAAGGAAGCAUGAAUUUCAGAUUCAUUCCUGUGCUCUUCCCGAAUGCUAAGAAGGAGCACGUGCCCACCUGGCUUCAGAACACUCACGUCUACAGCUGGCCCAAGAAUAAGAAAAACAUCCUGCUGCGGCUGCUCAGGGAAGAAGAGUACAUAGCCCCUCCCCGGGGACCCCUGCCCACGCUUCAGGUGGUGCCCCUGUGACACCCUCGGUCCCCAGAGCCCUGGGCUCAUGCCG